AUGGCUAUCGAUUUCGAAGCUCUCGCUGAAAAGUACCAACAAUACGCUCAACCUGCUGGUACAGUAUUGUUGAUCUUGAUCCUCGCUAUUUCUUACUUGAUUAACAGUGGCAGCAAGAACCGAAAAGUAUUGGAUCCUGUAGAAUGGAGAAGUUUCAAAUUGGUCGCUAAAGAUCAUUUAUCCCAUAAUACUGCUCUCUACAAAUUUGCCCUGCCCAAGUCAACCGACUCUCUCGGUCUACCUGUCGGCCAACAUAUCUCAGUAGCAGCUGAGAUUGACGGUAAACAAGUUGUCAGGUCAUAUACGCCUACUACUUUGGAUGAUGAUAAAGGUCAUUUCGACUUGGUUGUGAAAACUUACGAAAAAGGUAAUAUCUCAAGAUACCUCUCCUUGUUGACUAUAGGCCAAGAGGUGAAGGUCAAGGGACCCAAAGGAAAAUUCCAUUAUACUGCCAACCUUGCUCCUGCCUUACUCAUGAUUUCAGGUGGAACAGGUAUAACACCCAUGUAUCAAAUCAUCAAAUCUUCUUUGAAGAACCCAAAUGACAAGACGAAAUUAUCAUUGAUUUACGCUAAUGUGGAAGAAGAUGAUAUCUUGUUGAGAAAGGAAUUGGAGGAUCUGGAGAAGAAGUCAGGUGGUAGAUUCACACUUUAUCACGUCCUCAACAAACCCCCUGCCAACUGGAACGGCGGCGUCGGUUUUGUCACCAAAGAGAUGAUUGAGAAACACAUGCCAGAUGGUGGAGUUGGCUCACCCAACCAUGGUGAAGGUCAUAAGGUGUUGAUGUGCGGUCCACCACCUAUGAUGAACGCUAUGAAAGGUCACCUUAAGGAACUUGGUUAUCCCGCUCCCAGAACCGUCUCAAAAUUGGAAGAUCAAGUGUUCCUCUUCUAG